CCGCCCGCUCCCCCCUCCCCUGAGCGCCGCUUCGGCUGCACUGUGCUCGCACCGAGCUCCAUGCUCCUGCUAAGGCAGUGUCUCCGUCUCCUUCCAGCCGCCAUCAUGAUCAUCUACCGGGACCUCAUCAGCCAUGAUGAGAUGUUCUCCGAUAUCUACAAGAUCCGGGAGAUCGUGGCCGGGCUGUGCCUGGAGGUAGAGGGGAAGAUGGUCAGUAGGACAGAGGGUAACAUUGAUGACUUGCUUAUUGGUGGAAAUGCCUCCGCUGAAGGCCCUGAGGGCGAAGGUACCAAAAGCACAGUAAUCACUGGUGUUGACAUUGUCAUGAACCAUCACUUGCAGGAAACCAGCUUCACAAAAGAAGCCUACAAAAAGUAUAUCAAAGAUUACAUGAAAUCAAUCAAAGGGAAGCUUGAAGAACAGAGGCCAGAAAGAGUAAAGCCUUUUAUGACAGGGGCUGCAGAACAAAUCAAGCACAUCCUUGCCAAUUUCAAAAACUACCAGUUCUUUAUUGGUGAAAACAUGAAUCCCGAUGGCAUGGUUGCUCUGCUGGACUACCGUGAGGAUUGUGUGACCCCAUAUAUAAUUUUCUUUAAGGAUGGUUUAGAAAUGGAAAAAUGUUAACAAAUUGGGCAGUUUGGCUCCAUCACCUGUCAUUGUAACUGGCUGCUGCUUUUCAUCCACACACCAAGACUAGGACAAAUGGGACUGAUGUUAUCUUGAGCUCUUCAUUUAUUUUGACCUUGAUUCAUUUGGAGCGGAGGCAUUGUUUUUAAGAAAAAAAGAUGUCAUGUAUGUUGUCUAAAAAUAAAGUGCAUUUAAAUUCAAAAAAAAAAAA